AUGAUCGAGAUGAGUUCAUUUGGAAGUAAGCCUGAGGGCUCUGAGAGUGGGAAGACCUUUUACAAUUAUGAGGUGGAUAAGACGAUGAUCAAGACACCCAGCGUCAAGAAUCACGAUGUGGAAGAUGGUGAAUUUGAACAGUACGGUGAUGAUACUAGCCUAUCUUACCGUGAUGCUUUUGAAGAAAGCGAUGAAGAAGGUCAUCAGAUUAAAUACAAGACUAGUUCAUGGCAGCAUAUUACAGGUCUAAUGUUAUCAGAAUACAUCAUCUUAGCCAUGAUGUCUUUCCCAUGGUCCUAUUCAGUAUUAGGUUUAAUACCGGGUCUUAUUUUAACGGUGUUUGUUGCUGGUGUUGUGUUAUACACCAGUUUUAUCAUUUUAGACUACUGCGAAAAGUUCCCUCAUCUUAAAAAUGCGUGUGACAUCGGACAGCAUUUAUUUUGGGGAAGUAAUUUUGCAUGGUAUGCAACUGCUGUUUGUUACGUUGCCAACAAUACCCUUAUCCAGGGUGUGCAUGUCUUAGUCGGUGGUAAGUACCUUAAUACCAUCACAAAUCACUCUACCUGUACUGUUGCAUUUGGUGUCAUUACCGCAAUCAUUUCUUUUGUGUUUUCUAUCCCAAGAACCUUCGCCUCUAUGUCUAAAGUUGCAUACUUCUCAGCUAUUACCAUGUUCAUUUCGGUAAUACUGGCUAUCAUCUUUGUAGGAAUCCAGGAUCACCCGGUUGGUUAUGAUGGUACUCAUUUGACAUUCAGUUUAUGGCCACAGAAGGGCACAAGUUAUGUAGAUGCAAUGGGUGCAUUUUUGAACAUUGUGUACGUUUUCGCUGCUCAAGUCACUUAUCCACAGUUCAUCUCAGAAAUGAAAAGACCGAGGGAUUUCAAGAAGGUGUUCUUGCUUGUCACUGCAAUCGAAGUUGUCAUCUAUUCAAUAACAGGUGCUGUAAUGUACUAUUAUAUCGGUAAUGAAUACAUGACCACCCCUGCAUAUGGGUCCUUAACGAGAAAAUACAAGAUUAUAGCAUACUCUUUUGCAGUGCCUACCAUCAUUUUCGUGGGGUCUCUCUAUUCUAACAUAACAACCAGAUUCAUUUUCUUCAAGGUCUUCAAAAAUUCAGAACACAUGCACUCUCAUACCACUAUCGGGUGGUUAAGUUGGAUCGGAAUAAUCGUGUUAACUUGGAUAGUUGCCUUUAUUGUUGCAGAAGUGAUUCCUUUCUUCUCAGAUCUAUUAUCUUUGAUGUGUUCCUUGUUCGCCUGCUGGUUCGGAUUUGUAUUCUGGGGUAUGGCAUACCUAAGGGUAAAGCAAACUAAAUAUGAAAAGACUAAUCCUUAUCCAUGUUUGGAUAAAGGAGAAAAAAUUCGUUUCUACAUAGCGGGAUUCCUUAUACUUUUCGGAGUCUACGUUCUGGGACCAGGCCUAUACGCUACCGUUCAAAGUAUCAUUUACAAUUUCCAGGCGAAUGCUUAUGGUACGGUCUUCAGUUGUGCUGACAACAGUAUUUGA